AUGACGAGCAUAUCUGGGUCCAAGGCACAUUCAAGUUCAGAUGAGGUGCCAUACUCUCCACCCACAGGGCUAUGGAGCUAUAUCCCGUACUUCAGGAAACCUGAAAAUGUCCUUCUCUUCAAACUGGACUGUUUGCUGUUGACAUGGACUUUCAUCGCUGGAAUUUUGAAGGAAAUGGACCAAACUGCUACCACCCAAGCAUACGUGUCGGGAAUGAAAGAGUCCUUGAGUUUAUAUGGCAACGAGCUGGUCAAUUUCAACACCUUCUUCUCCGUGGGAUAUGCCAUCGGUCUUAUUCCGGGCCAGCUAAUUCAAACUAAAAUUCGCCCUUCCCUCUUCUUGCCUUUUUGUGAAAUAGCGUGGGGCAUUUUGGUUACCUGCAUCGCCCAAGCUCCUAAUGCUAAAACUGUAUACGGAUUGCGCAUAUUACUGGGUCUUUUCUCGGCUGUCUUCUGGCCCACUGCGGUCUCGCUGAUUUUCAAUUGGUACAAACCCGCCGAAUUAGCCAAGAGAGUUGCAUUUUUCAAUGUCUCCAAUGCAGCGGGAGGAAUGUUCAUAAGUGCAUUGCAAGCCACUCUUUACAAAAACAUGAAUGGCGUCCACGGAAUCUCCGGAUGGCAAUGGCUAUUCAUUAUAUCGGGCACAGUCACAAUUGGGCAAGGACUUCUCGGUCUCGCCAUUAUACCAGAUACCCCAGCUCUAAGUCGCGCUAUGUGGAUCACAGAUGCAGAGAAACGCAUUGCAAAGGAGCGCAUGGCUAGCUUCGGCGCCGAUACGUCGAAAAUUCUCCCCGCUGCAGUCCUCAAACAAAAGUUGCGAAAGUUAGCAUCCCACCCAGUGGCAUACUUCUUUCUUCUAGCCUUCACUUUGCAAGCCUGGGCCAGUCGAGCAAACUCAUAUUUCCCCCUCUAUCUGGAAGGACUGAAAGACUCGGCCGGAAAUCUUCGUUUCAACACAUAUCAGGUCAACGUCAUACCGAUAGGAGGUUAUGCACUCCAGAUCGUCAGUAAUCUUGCCCUGAACGCGGUAUCCGACUGGAAAUACUGGCGCUGGCAGAUCAGCAUAGCUCCAUGUUUUCUGUUCGGAAUUGUGCUAUGUGUUUUGUGUGCCUGGCCUUCCGACUACAAAGUUGUCUUGGCCUUUUAUUUUCUCACAUAUGCGACAAAUGCAGGAAGUCCGUCACUUCUGUCCUGGAUGGCCGAGAUACUGAGAAAGGAGCCGGAAGCUCGUGCAAUUCUCGUUGCUCUCACGGUUACAAUUGUCUAUGUUGGCCAUGCGACCAUUCCACUCAGGGCCUGGCAAACAAAAGACUCUCCGAGAUAUCCUAUUGGGUUCCCUCUUGCCACUGCGUUCAUUUUCUCGUCCGUUGCUGUCCAGCUUGGUAUGCUGUGGUGGCAGCGACGCUACGAAAGGUCGGACGAUUACAGUUUUGAUGCACAAUCGCAAGUAUCUGUUGUCGCUACAAGAGAGGUCAAUGCGAAGUCUUCAAGCGAGGAAGUGAUAAAAGCACGAGGAGAUUCGAAGAAUCCAAACCCAGAAAUCUCCGAGGUGUAA